AUGGGUUCGACGGCGAAUAGUAAUCGUCGGACACUCACAUCCUCGGACGGGUGCCAAAUCUAUGCAGACGCGGUUGGCGAUUCUUCGAAGCCGUGCCUCGUGUUUAUCCACGGCUUCACCCUAAGCGCGGCUGUCUGGGACAACAUCUUCGCCGACCCGCGAUACUCUUCUGAAUUUUACUUGGUGAGGUACGACGUCCGAGGGCACGGACGAAGCGGCAAGCCAGAUACGAUUGAAGAAUACGCGUCCAAGCUAUUCGCCGAUGAUUUCGCUGCUGUCCUCCAGGCAUUCAAAGUCCACAAACCAAUCGUCGUCGCCUGGAGUCUCGGAGCGACAGUCGUUGCGGACAUAGCGGCGCAUCUACCAGCAGACACCUUGGCCGGUGUAGUCUACAUCUCACCCUGUCCUUACACCGGAUCAAUUAUGCAAGCUAUCGGGACUCCGUUUAUUCUUAACCUCCUUACCGACAUAACCGGUUCCGACGACGCGAACUCGGUCGACGAUAACAUGCAAGUUUUCUUCAACUCCUGCUUCAACGACCCCGAGUCAAUCCCAUGGGAGACUCGAGCGCUGUGGCAGGGCAUGUCGACAUUCCAACGGCCAAGACACCGCCGAUUCGCUCUUACACGGCCCCAAGACCCAACAGGUUUGAAAAAGCUUGGGGCACAGGGUCUCCCAGUUCUCGUAAUGAUCGGGACGAGAGACACGCAAAUUAUAUUAUCAAACCUCGAAACCGAAGUCCGAAACAUGUUCUCCAACGUCGACUUUUGCGUCCUCGAGGGAGCCGGACACUCCCCUCACUUUGAGAAUACAGACGAAGUAAUGGGUCGCAUCAGUGGUUUCACGCGCAAGGUCUUCUCGAAGGUAGUUCUGAAAGACUACUUUCUUAAAGGCUUUAUGUAUCUCAUUCAAUUCCUCCAAUUGCAGUACAAGAAGCCUUCUGAAUCAGUCUCACGAAUGCGGAAAGGCUCAGGAUCGGUGCAUGUGCCACCGUCUCAAAGACCCGUUCAUAAUAUCGUAGUAUGA